CGGGAAAUUUUAUGUUCAAGUGUUAAUAGUUCUGAUUAUGGCGSAUUCCAACUGGCAAAUUGGUCUUUCUACCAUCAGAGAACGUGCUAAAUAUGCUUUCAAUAAUUCUUUGUUCUGUGAUGUCGAGUUCUUGGUUGYUGACAGCGAUGGAGACAAAGUCACCAUGUCAGCCAACAAGUUUAUCCUGGCUGUGACUAGUCCUGUGUUUGGCGCCAUGUUUUAUGGACAACUAUCUGAAUCCAAAUCACCCAUCGAACUACCAGAUUGCACCAAGGAAGGGUUUCAAGAACUUCUUCGCUUUGCUUACUCCGAAGAAGUGAACUUAUCUGGUGUAAAUCUAAUGGAAGUCAUGUAUCUCGCUGAUAAAUAUAUGAUUCCUUCUUUGGCUGAUAAAUGUAGAGGAUAUUUCAAGAAAAAGGUCCGGCCACAAAACGURUUUCUUCUGUUACCAGAGGUCUCAAAACUGAACAACAAGGCAUACGAAGAAUUGUGUUGGGACGUAAUUGACAGAGAAACCAAACAAGCUGUCCUUUCGCCAUCAUUCCUUGACAUCUCCCAUSAAUUACUUUGUCAAGUUUUGAGUCGAGACAGUCUGAGAGUUAAAGAGGUAGUGUUGUUUGAAGCUGUUGAUGGGUUUGCAUCAAAGAGGAUAAGAGAGAACRAAYUGGAGAGCAACUGUGAAACUAAGCGAGCAGUUCUUGGUGAARAGGCCAUAAAACUGAUAAGAUUUCUUUUGAUGUCCCAGAAAGAGUUUGCCGAAGCUGUUUUGCCUACAGAAAUCCUGAAAAUGAGUGAAGUUACAGAAAUAAUUCAGACUUUCAGUAAGUUACCAGUACUAACAAUGAAUUUUUCAAGGAGAAARCGACAAGCUAAAGAUAGACUGAUAAUACCAGCCAAUCGGUUUGACACCAACUUGGAAGAGACUGUAAAAAAUAAAGGAUAUCAGACUGCUCUUUUCUUUACAGUUAACAAGCCAGUUAACCUUAAUGGUYUUAGGAUGUUUGGUAGUGUUGGCUGUACCUAUAAUGUUAAUGUUAGUGUUCUAUCACACAAUGGUGGUCCCAAAGUGAACCGAAAAAAUGAAAUGCACCGAGAAAACAUGAUGAUGGAAGUUGAAGAGGGAAAAAUUGACGAUCAUUUCCACGGAUUUACUGCUUCCUUSUCCCAGCCAAUCACCUUGUUUCCUGAUCAAUGUUAUGUCAUUUUCAUUUCUGUACAAGAUCCUGGAAAACAACCUACACUGUUAACAUUUGGUUGCAAUGCAAGGCCUGUUGUUUAUUGUGAAGAUUUAGAAGUUUCCUUUGAAAAUGCACUGUGUAAGACAACUCUAUUGUCACAGGAAUCAUAUACCAGUAUACCAAAAAUUGAAGGUGGCCAGAUCCAGUCAUUUAUAUUUACAAAGGUAAAUUGAAUAUUUACUAUUUUGAUAACAUGAUUUUGUUCAUGCGAAAAAAACCUGUCAAGAGAUUGGUAAUGAUUGCAAGUUAGAAAAUUUGCUAUACUUUUUUAAUUGUAGCUAUUUUGAAUAAAGCUUUUGUUCAGUAUGAUAAAAAAAAUUUCACCUUUUGAGUGUGGAAUGCAGUACUACUGAUUA